AUGGAGGCGGCACUGAAGGAAGAAGGACUUCACACCGGAACGUCCUCGUCCUCGUCGUCGUUUGCGUCGCGUGGAAACUCACCCAGCAGGCGGCGUGCCCCCGAAAAUGGGGUGACCAGCGCGCUCCCGUUCGGUCGCCCCAACGCCUUCCCCAGCGAGGUGGAGUCGCCGAGCGCAGUGUGGCUUGAAAGGUUUAUGUCCACGUACUUUUUGUGUGAGUUGUGCCACAAAAUUGUGGUGGACCCCGUGCAGGUCCUGCCGAGUGCCAUGAUGACGUGUAGAAAGUGUGCACUUUCGCGGCGGGUUUCCGUCGACGCCAUGGCGGAGUUGCCCUUGGGUGUGGUGCAGGCGAUUGAGGAACUGUUCGAGGCCCGCAGAUGCCAUCGAAAAAACCACGUGACCAAUUCACCGGAGGCGAGGGCGACAAGUCGUGCCGGGGAUGAUUCCAUUGCCGGCCGACGCAUUGUGCGCGUCAAACGUGGCGACGCGGUUCCGGGAAACAAGACGGCGCGACACUUGACUUCACACGCGGCAAAUGCCGACUCUGUUAAGGCGGCCAACCCAACUGUGUUUUUCCAAGAGCUUCAGGAUGCCGACGAAGAAGAGUCUCGUCAGCGGGAAACGAUAGAUGCAACAGAGGCAGGUGAACGCUUGGAGUUACUGAAGAAGCAUUCCGCGUUUGUGCGUACCAUUAAAGGCCGCAGUAAAGAUAGCAGUAAGGCAUUGAAGGCGGAAGCAGACGCCACCUACGAAAAAGCGGAGUAUACUUUGGCACUAGAAUUGUACUCAAAAGCCAUUGAACAACAACCGCUCGAUCGCCUGACGCGUCUCAGUGCUCUGUACGGGAAUCGCAGUUCUGCGUACUUCAUGGCGCAACGCUACGGUGAUUGCAUUUCAGACUGUCUUAAAGCGAUAUCACUGGAGCCUGGUAAUGUCCGCAUGUACACUCGGGCGGCGAAGGCGGCUGCAGUGAUGGGAGAUAUUGCCCGUGCCGUUGCUCAAAUGGACACCAUUCCAGAGAACCUGGUAACAGAUAGCAUGCUUGCUGAGAAGAAAAAGUACAAGAGUGGACUUGAGUUGUUGCAGCGCGCGGAGCGUGCCUUUGGAACCCCGGAGGGGGAUGAAAUUUGGCUCAUGUUGGUUGCCCAGUUCAGUGACACAAUUCCAUUUCGUCUGCGUUACGCGGAGUCGUUGUUCCAGCAGAAACGUUAUUUAAAGGCGGUAGAGGCCUUGGAGGCGGUCUCGCCUUUCCGUCGCUCGCCAAGGUUGUGGUACAUGAUGGCAAACUGCCUGUACCUGUCUGGGUUUGAGCACUUUGAGCGGGCGCGCCUGUGCCUUGUCGAUGUCCAACAGCUGGACGAGAGCUGCGCCAAGUUGCUGAAGCUGAUCAACGUGGUAGACGAAGGUAAACAAAAGGGCAAUCAACUCUUUCAGCAAAAGAAAUUUGCGGCUGCCGUUGAGCAUUACACGUCUGCUAUUAACGCUGCUGAGAACAAUAACCAAAUUCUGCGUAUAUUGUACUGCAAUCGCGCCGCCGCCCACAAGGAGCUGGGAAGGUAUCGAGACGGCAUUGAAGACUGCACCAAAGCCAUUCAACUCGAUCCGGAGUUCUCGAAGGCAUAUGCCCGUCGUGCGCGCUGUCACCAGCAGCUUAGCAACUUUACGGCCGCCAUUCGAGACUUCAAAAGUGCCAUACAGUACGAUCCGAGCGACCACGAGCUAGUGCGUGAACUGCGCAACUGUGAACACGGCUUUACAAAGGAGGCAGAGCGUGAGAAGGAUUACUACUAUGUCCUUGGUGUGAGCCGCACCAGCAGCGAGCGUGAAAUUAAGCUGAAGUACCGCGAACUUUCCCUUCGUUGGCACCCAGAUAAGUGCAUGGGGCUCCCGGACGAGGAACGGAUGCAGGCAGAACGCAAGUUCAAGAUUAUUGGUGAGGCCCAUGCAACACUUAUCGAUCCUGUGAAGCGGCGCGAGUAUGAACUCAAGCUAGACCGCGAACGCAUGACGCGUUCCGGAGCAUUUGCUGGCUUUGGCGCACAUGGCAGUGACACCUUCCGCGGCCAGGCGAGCCGCUAUCGGUCUAACACCACCGGCUACUGGUGA